AUGAUACCUAAAUUUGAUAAUGUGAUGUUGGAACAUUUGCGUAGAAUGGAAAAAUCACAAAAUUGUCAUUCAAAACAGGCUCAUUAUUUAGGAAAUAAAAUUCAAAAUGAGUUGAUAGCUUUAAUAGAAGAAAAUAUAAAAUCAAAAAUAAUUGACAUAUUGAAAGAAUCAAAAUACUUUUCAAUUAUUCUUGAUUGUACUCCAGACGUGAGUCAUUCAGAACAAUUGACAAUUGUUGUAAGAUUUGUCAAAAAGAACGAAGCAGUAAUUUGUGAACAUUUUUUGGGUUUUGUUCCCAUUAAUGAUUCCACAAGAAAAGGACUUUCAGAUUGUUUAUUAAAUGUUUUAGCUGAAUUAAAAUUAAACAUAAAUGACCUAAGAGGACAAGGCUACGACAAUGAGUUAUAUGUAUAUUUCUCUGCGUCAACAAAACGUUGGAAUAUUCUCAAAAAAAAUAUUUCAAAUUUAACAUUAAAACCUUUAUCAAACACUAGAUGGGAAAGUAGAAUUGAAUCAAUAAAGCCUCUAAAAUAUCAGCUUGGAGAAAUAUAUAAUUCUUUAAUUCAAAUAAACGAAGAUGAGACAGAGGACAUGAACACACGACUACUAGCCCAGUCGUUGUACCCAAAAUUAAAUAUUGGCAUUGCUUUAGAGAUGAUUGAAAAUUUAAAAGAAUACUUUACAAAGAAAAGAAGUGAUGAACAUUUUUUAGAUAUUAUCUCAAAGUCAAAAAAGUUAUCUUUAGAUGUAAACGGAGACACUACAUUUCCAAUAGAACAAAGACUUAGGAAAAGAAAGAAACAUUUUGAUUAUGAAACUGAAGAUGAACCCAUUAAUUUAAUACAAAAUAUGUCUGAUAAAGAACUACUCAAACAUUGUAAUGAUUUACAAAUACAUCUUCCCGAUAAUGUCCUUAAUGAAUCUGAUAUAAGUGGUCCUGAGUUGUACGAAGAAAUUAUAUCAUUAAGAAUUCAUUUAAAAUUAGAUUACAAUUCCCAUGAUGUUUUAAAUUAUAUUCAAACAAAUGGCUUAUCAUCAUUUUUUCCUAACAUGUGUAUUGCUCUACGCAUUUAUUUAACAAUGCCUGUUAGUGUUGCUACAGGAGAAAAAUCUUUUUCAAAGUUAAAAAUAGUCAAAAACUACCUUAGAUCAACUAUGAAUCAAGAUAGAUUGACUAAUAUGUCAAUUAUUUCAAUUGAACAUCAGUUAUGUCAAAGUGUGGACACAAAAUCAUUAAUUGAAAAGUUUUCAGCUGUAAAAGCUAGAAAAGUUCAUUUUGUUUAA